AUGAUCUCGAUGACCAACACAAUCGUCGAUCGAAUCAUUACGAUGUCAAGUGACGAGAACAAAGUCGAGAGGAACUUACCACAAUGGAGAAACCUGAUCAGCCGCUUAGACACGGAAUACCGUCAGAUCGAGCUAGAGUUCAGCAUAGUCCCACAUUUCUUCGCUAGUGGCUAUGCAUAUCAUCCUAACGAGCCGUUGUACAAGCAAGAUCCUAAUCUCAGUCUCAAGCAGGGCUUGAAGGAGGAGUUCGCGGUCAUUCGGAAGCGAUUAGCUUUCGCUCUGCAGGCUCUUGUCAGUGCCGUGUCUGUGAUCGAGAGUCGUCGUGGCAUUGCAGAAGCUGAAAGUGUAACCAAGCUCACAGAACUGGCCUCGAUCUUCAGCAUGCAAGUCCGAGAGCUCGAUCCAGCCACAACCUCCAUAAGGUGGUUCGCUCUUACGGCGAUCAUCCUUAUUGUCACCUCGUACAGUGUUCGGCUCCUGAUCCGCAGUCGUCUCUUUGUCAAUGGCAUGCACCUCAUGAUGAGCUCGGUGCGGCGCGAGGUCGGAUUACGGGACGGACAGCCAGUACCGACCAUCACGUUUCUUUGGUGGUUAGCAUCAUCACCGGCCAGGGCGCUUGGAUCGACAAACUGGUGGGAUGCAGUCAUACGACCUGUGCUACCGAUGAUGAUCCUGUGCAUUGUUUGCGGUUUUGUGCCUCUCUUCUCGUUGUGGUUCAACGCUCGUUUAGCCGGUGGCAUGAAAGUCGUCAUCAGUAUCGCGAUCGGCAUAACUGUGAUCAGCUUAUUGUGCGUUACGCUAGGGCCUAAAGUUGUGCGCUCGAUCCUGGAAAUGCUUCGCAAGCAGAAGGGAAGGAGAAGAAGACAAAAGUUGAGAUAG